UAUUAUUUCUAGAUUAUAUUAUUAGUUAUUAUCAUCAAUCUGGCAACCCGGCUAACAGCGGUUUCAAUGGCAACAGUGAGAGAUCUACAGAGCGCUCUGAAGGAGUCUUUGGAGGCGAGAGGUGUGUUGGCACAGUUAAGGGCGCGGAUGAGGGCAGAAGUUUUUAGUAUUUUGGAUGAUGAUCGUGAAGGUGAGCGACGCCCCGCCCCCCCUCGUGAGACCCUACUGAUUAACGAGUUGAUCCGAGAGUACCUGCAGUUCAACAAGUACCGCUACACACAAUCUGUACUCAUCUCAGAAGCAGGACAGCCGGACGUCCCCCUGGACCGACAGUUUAUAGCGAAUGAGCUGAACAUUGUAGAAGAGCCGAGCUCCCAAACACUUCCUCUGCUGUAUGGACUCGUCUCUCACUUUCUGAAUAAGGACGGAGGAAAACAAUAGAGACAAUUACAGGACUGUGAAUUUCAGUGCAGAAGGAAGUCACAUGACCAGCAUCCACAGCAUCUAAAUAUAUAUAUAUGUAUAUAAUAUAUAGUGGCAGGUUAUAUUGAGCUGAGAGCUCCACAGCUGUAUGAUUUUAUAGAUGCUUUAGUGUUGUGUGUUCUUGGGUAAAAUGCAUUAAUUGUAAGUUUAUUGUUACAGUUCGUGUUUGUAACCACGCGGUGGCAGCAGAGCGCAGCAUUGCUCACUACAGUUACUACUGCAGCUCUGCCAUUUACUUUCUAAUGUUCUGUAUUUUUAAUAAACACAUUAUUUUAUAAUA